GUAUCAGGCUCAGAUGUGAUUGGAUUCAAUCUGGAUUUAUCAAUAACAAUGAUGCUCAACCUCAUCUGAUUCUGGAAAUGUCUUGAGAUUCGGAUUGGAACAGGAUUCGUUAAUUAAGUGAUCUUUACAACGUGCUGGCUAUUUUCCUAUCAAGAAAAGAAAUACGUGUGGAUUAUACCGGUAUUCGUCGAAUUCUGAAGUGUCCUGACAUAACUUUUAAGCAACAAAAAAUUCGUUCACAUUGGUCGGGUUCUCCUCGACGAAUAUUUAAUAUCAGAUUUCGUAAACGUCCUCGCGUGGUAUAGGCGUUAAUGGAAUGUGCUGCCCCAAGUCUUCGGUCGUUUGAAAAACGAGCUGUGCUUCUGUCAAAGAUCGCCACUGUGCAAAUUUUGGCUGAGGACAUUAAACAAUCGCUUGUCCCCCAACGUCCAAGAACAUUAUAGGACAAUCGCGUGUUGAUACGCACAAAUCCUGCUGACCUUCCCGUAAUAAUUUGUGGUAAUCAUCGCGAAACCCCUCGACAUCACGUCCAGUUACACAUGUUUCGCGAAUUGACAAUGAAUUUCGAUUUGCAGAGAUUACUUUGGUACCGCCAGCGAGGCUACAGCAGUUGAGCGGCAGAGACGGACUGGAAAGCGGUGCAGGCGUUGAACUUUGUUGAAUUUGAAUGCAGUUCUUUUUGACUGAUGUUCCAAAUUACAGGUUGGGAUGACCGAUACGAACUGCAGGGUCUCUACUGCAUGGUGAAUAUUUCAACUUGAUGAUUUUUGCCAUCCGAUCUUGAUAGGAUACAGUCGACGGAAUGGCAAUUCGGGCCUUUCUUACUAUGGCUGUGAGUGUCUGCGUGGUGGCUACCACUGGACGGCAAGGGGACAACACGUGCGCAUACACAUUCCAAGUUUGGAAACCCGACCAAGACGUUAUUUGGAAACUGGACAGGUUGGAUUUAAAGCAAAGAAAUAUAAGUAUGCAUUUUAACACGGAGUUAUUACGGCUCCGCAAUGAUGUCCUUCACGAACUCUUGGCCUCUAAGAAUAUUUCUCACAGCAUUGAGAAACAGGUGAUGGAGCAGAAGUUAGAGAAUGUGAAACUUAGGAUGCAGCAGCAGGAACUGAAGAUGAGUAUGAUGAAUAUGAAGGACCGAAACGAUUUCAUGGGAGGGGGGUCAAGGGCGGGUGUGCCUCAGCAGCUUGGAGGAGACGGUCCGAUGCAGAAUGAAGGACAGAUAAAAACGGAGGUCGGGAGCUUACAGGCCGAGACUGCUCGGUUACAGAACGGUAUCGGGGACUUGAAGGCCGAAUGGCUACUUAUAAAACGUGAGAUACAAGAGUUACGGAAUGGUGGGAGAAAGACUUCAACCAACACAGGCAAUAUUGAGACGGAUAUCGAACAGUUAAAAACUAUGAUGCAAGAUGUCCAAGCUGAUACAUUACUCUUGAAAAAACAACAGAAUGACCUGAAGAAGGAGAACUCUCGCCUCAAUGCGAUGAUUCUACGGAUCGAAAACGCGAACAAUGAUUAUUUGCAGUUUCAGUCAAGAAUGCGGAAAUCGACGUCGAGAAUUCAGGAACAGCUCCACGAGAUGCGAUUUGAGAAUUCCGAUCUUCAACGCGAGUUGAACACCCUGAGAACGACCAAUAGAAAACUGAGAGGCCGCUUAGGAGAAGCUGCAAAUAACAUUACAGAUACCUACAGCAGUAAAGACGUCAGGAGUGUCUAUCCUGAUAUCAGCUCUGGCACACAGUCAGAUCGAGCUGCAUCACUGACGCUUCGCUCAACGGAUGCACCAAGAGAUUGUGACGAAAUCUACCAAAGAGGCUACAGCAUCAGCGGAGUUUACCAAAUACGACCAGACCGGUCACCACAACUUGACGAUGUCUACUGCGAGAUGUUCAACGGGUCGGGUUGGACGGUCCUCCAACGGAGAGUGGACGGCUUACAGAAGUUCAACAGGCGUUGGCUGGAGUACAAGUUCGGGUUUGGGAACAAUUACGGAGAGUUCUGGAUUGGCAAUGAGAAGCUCACGCACCUGACCAACCAGAAAAAGUAUGUCCUUCGUGUGGAUAUAUGGGACUGGGAGGGAAAGAGGUAUUACGCCGAAUACGACCACUUCUUGGUGGAGAGCGCAACAGAGAAGUAUCGAUUACAUGUGAGCAACUAUCACGGAGACGCCGGCGAUUCCCUGAGCUACCACAACGAUAUGGCGUUCAGUACGGGAGACAUGGACAACGAUCUCCACGCCAGAAAUUGUGCGAGGGAGAACCAGGGAGGUUGGUGGUACCACAGUUGCUACACGAGCAACCUCAACGGCGUUUACCAUACGAGUUGGUACUCGCACGGGGGACAAAAAUACGCGGACGGAAUCGUCUGGUAUACCCUGAAGGAAUCGGACUCUUAUUCGCUGAGAAAGGUCGAAAUGAAAAUCAAGCCGUAUCGGCGCUAGGUGAACGAAGAGCAAGGACACAUUGCGGUUUGUUUUGAUCACUCUGGGAUGACUCUCGUACUUGUGGAAAAGCGCCAAGGUAUAUUGUAGAAGAAUUCAAACUUAACUUUUUACUUUAAAUUUAGUAUCGCCUCGCUUGACAGGCAUGUACCUGCCAACAACAAGCAACCGUUGUAGAAGGGACAGUCAGUCCUCUUGUGAAAGUUUGGUUGGAACACAUAUUCCAUCGAAAGAUUUAAACAAGGUCAUUGGUUUCUUUAGCCAUGCGCUGGACAUCAAAAUCGGAGACAAAGUUUAGGGAGGACAACGAAUCUCGUCUCAUAGACGUCGUCAGUCACCGACCCCAGGCAGUACAACAUUCUCAUUUUGAAGGUUGUGCUAAGAGAGAGUAGAUGAUUG